CGAUCUCUCGUGUCGCCCUACUCCGAAAUUGGAUGCACUUGGCGAGGUAAUUGACGAUAAUUGCCACACGCGUCAGAUACGUUACGGCAAAAAUACGUUGCACGCACGACUGGUUUGUGGUUAGGCACACAUAUAUACGUACAUAUACGCAUAUAUCUAUCUAUCUAUAUAUAUACAUACGUGCGCGUGGGUGCAUAACACGCGCGGGUCGAGUUCGAAAAAAAGAAUCUCCGCGAUGUUCCCGGCGGUCCCGCGCGGAUGAUCUCGCGCCUCGGCCACCGCGGCAACGCGCUCGGGAGACACGACGGAGAUGGACGUACCACGCUUUAAGGUAUUUCCAGGUGGCUCCUCGCGAUAGCGUGACGGAGGAUCGCCCGCUCGGAGAAGUGAGAACCCGGUCGAGUUUGUCCCACGCCGUGAGUUGUCGCUUCGAAAAUGUCCGUGACCUUCGCGCAACGCGGCAGGCCACCACCGAAUCCUGCCCAGAUACAGAAGAUGCUCGACGAGAAUAGCCAGCUUAUACAGAUGAUUCAGGAGUAUCAGAACAAGGGCAAGGCGCAGGAAUGCGUGCAGUACCAACAAAUAUUACAUCGCAACUUGGUGUAUCUAGCGUCUAUCGCUGAUGUAAACCAGAAUCUGCAGACUUUAUUACCACUACCUCAAGGUAUUCCCAAUGGUCCUCAGCAUGGUAUGAUGAACCCACAAGGGCUUCCAAGUGGUCCGGGUGGUGCAGCUGGUCCCGGAGGGGAAAUGCCGCCAAACACACAGCCAACAAUGCCAAUGUCGACGUUCAAUCAAGGCCAACCAAUGGCGCAAGGUUAUCGCGGACCUGUGAUGCCCGGCCAAGGACCUGCAAUAAAUAGGCCUCCAACCGCACCAGGUCCGCAGCAGUAUAGAGGUCCACAGGGCUAUCCCCAGCAACCUUCUCAGCAAGGUUAUCCUGCUCAAUACGCUGGUCAGAGCCCUGGCUCGAACUAUCAAGGUCCACAAGGAUCCGCAUACACUCCCGGUCAACCGAAUCAGUACGGACCGCCGAACGCUUCUCAGCAGCAAGGAUACACCGCAGCGACACAGCCAAAUUAUGGUCCUCCGACUACGGUGAACAGUUAUGGUCCACAACCAGGUGGUUAUCCGCCACCGGGCACGGCUCAGCCGCCUUCCGGAUACGGACCGCCGCCGCCAAAUCAGCAAGGCUAUCCGCCAUCAAACGCUUCGCAGCAGAACUUCUCAUCAGGUAGUCAACAACAACAACCAGGACAAUACGGCAGUCCUAGUCCACAACCAAAUUAUCAACAGCCUCCGUCCCAAGUGCCACCUCAAAACGCGUACGCCGCAGGACAGCCCGGAAGUUAUCCCCCUCCUUCCUCGCAGACAUACGCGAACAAUGUCCCGCCGCAAAAUUACCCGCCACCUCCGACAACUAGCGCGACCCAGCCCCCGCAACCUGGGUCUCAGCAAAACGCGGGCCCGCAGCCCAAUUACGUUAGUCAACCAAGCCCAGGUCCUGGCGCGACGCAGUACGGCCCCGCCUCUACAUCUCCGCCAUUUAGCACCUCCUCCGCGAGCGGCGGCAAUACUUACGUCCAAAGCAGUCAGCCGACAAGCACGCCGUCUGCUUCGACGCAGACGUAUCCGUCGAAUAGCGGUCCGCCACCGACGUCGCAGGGCGGAAGCUACGCACCCCCGGUGCCGCCGGCCCCCUCUGGGUAUCCCGUUCAUCAAACACCACACCCGACAUCGCACCCCCCGCAUCCACCGCCGCCGCAUCAGUCGCCACACCAACCACCCCACACCCCGCAUCAGCCACCUCACCAGCCGACUCAUCAAUCGUCCCACCAACCACCCUCGCAUCAAUCACCGCACCAGCCACCGCAACAAUCUCAGCAACAGUCGCAAACAGCUCCGCAGACGCAACAGCAACCGUCUCAGAGUCCAGCUCCGAGUGGAUUCCAGCCGCCGUCAGGUCCGCCGCAAGGUCCCGCUCCACCGCCAGGCCCUCAGCAACAACCUGCCUACGGACCCACUACGACGCAAACAUACGUGCCACCGACUCCAGGAGGACAACCACAGAUUUACAGUCCUCAUCCACCGCAAGGGGGACAACACUAUGGACAUCCUCAGUAUCCUCCUCAAAGUUACCCUCCACCGCCGGCAGGGCAAGGAUAUCCACAGUACCCGCCACGACCACCUGGUGGACACAUGCCUCCUCCACCUGGACCACAAGGCCCACCUCCGCCUAAUCAAUAUGGAGGUUACGGUUAUCAGCCACCCACACAAUAAAAAUACAUGAAUAACUCCCAAAUUUACAUAAAGUUUAGAUUAAUAUAAAUAUCGAGAAUUUUUGUUUGUUUUCAAUCGCUUUACUAUGUGAGUACGUUCAUAUACUUUCAUAAUGUACAUUUACGAUAUUUAUCCAAAUAUUGUGAAUAGUAUAAUUCAUAUUAAUAUUAAUUUACAAUAUUUAUUUAGAUAUGAUAAAUGUUCGUAUUAAUAUUUGAAUAUAAAGGGUUCAAUACAAAGGAUGAAAAAUUACAAUACCUAGAUUAAAACAAGAUAGAAUUAUGUGAAGAACUUAAUUUAUCUUUUGCUUUAAAAUUGGUAAUAAGAGAAAAGCUUGGGACAAAAUUAUAUAUACAUUAUGGGAGAGGUCUUAAUCUCCUAGUUCAACUUCGAUUAUUUACUAUACUUGUAAUCCUCAGUAUUUUUAUUUUUUUUUUCAAUGUGUGGUGAUAUAAAUAAUAUAUAUAUAUAUAUAAUUUUGUCUUACAUUAUAUACGUACAUUACAACAUAAUAACUGGUUUAUUAUCAUUAUUAUUAUUAACUAUAGAUCUCGAUAAAAUAAAUAUGCCAAAAUAUUCCAAAUGGCUUUUAACACUUGUGGCAAAACUUCUAAUACGAAAAAUGUAAGUUGUAGCACAGAAAUGAUUUAACAUGUUUUUUUUUAUUACUUGUUUUGUAUUAUUUCUAUAAAUUUGAAAGUAUUCGCAGAUUUAUUGUGUAUAAUUCUUUCAUUAUAUAUUUUUUAUAUUUUUACUAUUUUGCGUACAGUGAAGAUAAUAAGCCUCAAAUUCUAUUUUUAUUACAGAUACAUACGUAAUUUUUUAUUAAUACGACUAAAGCAUAAACGAAUUGAAAGUCAAAGAAUUAUGUAACUAUGCAAUGGUACAAAUGCCAUAUGUAAGAAUAUAUAUAAAUGUUCGUUCCGAUUUUGAUUUAUGCUCUUAAUUGAUAUAAGAAAAUUUAAUUUUAAACUUUAUAUAUGAAUGUAAAUGUGAAUUUUCCACAUUAAAUAUAAUUUGCAGUAGAAUUCGCGAUACAAUUAAAGAUAGAAUAUCAUAAAUUUUGCCACGCCUUGUAUUUAUCCCACAAAUAUUUUUCGAAGAAGAUGUUGAUAAUUGUACAAAUGAUGUAUCUUACUCGAGUUUUCGCGACAUGAUUUUAGAUUAAAUAAAAAAAAAUAUUAAAUGAUAUAUAAAACUAGCUAACAGGUUGUAAAAGAGAAAAUUUAUUAAAUAUUAGACAACCGUUUAUUUUUCAAGUUCGAGAUCACGUUUCCUUUUAUUUUCAACAUUAGCAAUUAGGUAUAAAAUGUUAGUAAACAGAUGUGCACACAUGAUAGAUGAUACUUGUACGGCAACGUGGAUCUGUUAAAUCUUCAUUAUAUAAAUAAAGCAUAGAAAAAUAUUGAAAA